AUGCCGACCAUAAUUGAGGGACACCAAGGCAAUUUUAUUAAGCCGAAGCCGAAGCGACAAGAGCCUCGAAAGAGAUCGCCCAAUGCGUGGUUAGUUGGCGUCGCCGUCAUCAACAAAACCUCGAACGCGAGGAAGCACUCCGAGAAACCUGAUGCAUCAGAGGAAGAGAUAGAAACAGUAGGCCAACGUCGGAUAGCCCCCAAGGAAUAUCAAGGCCCACCUACAGUCUUGCCUGACGAAUGCCUUGGGACGCCAAAACUGGCAGAGGCAAGACCUCGUCGAACUUCAAGUCAUGACCACACUCAAGCCCGACCCGAAAUAACAUUCGCAUAUUACACUUUCCUCUGCAUUAACAAUUUGAGUUCUCUGCAUACAGACGAUGUCAAGUAUUUGGAGUCUCAAGGAUGUUUCAAAGUACCUGAAAUUAGCUGUCUGGACGAUCUGAUCCGGGCAUUCUUUCGUUAUGCUCACCCGAUCUUGCCUGUUAUCAAUGAAGCAGAGUUCUGGUCUGUCUAUGAUCCAUUAGCAUCUGAUGGCAACAACACUCGACUUCCUGUCAUACUACUUUCAGCCAUGCUGUUUGUGGCGUGCAAGUACGUGGAAGAGUCUGCCCUUCAAGGCAUGCAGCUUGGAUCUGCACAUGAGGCACGGGAGAGGUUCCUUCGGAAGACUCAGCUUCUCUACGAUCAAGACACCGAGUCAUCUCCGCUUGUGCUUGCUCAAGUUUCUCUUCUUCUGGCACACUGGACUUCACAAAGAAGCUCAAGAUCCAGCAGGCACAGUACUCAGUGGCUUGGCCGGGCGAUUCAACAUUCCCAGGACGCCAUUUCUCAGGUCAAGCUCUGGUGCACACUCAAGAUUCGCUACAACCAGAGCAACCUCAGGCGAGUGUUGGGAUGCUGCAUACUCAGCGACCGUAUUCACAGCAUGUACAAUCGUCGGCCCCUCAUGGUGCCUCCCGGUAUGGCUGAGGCAGAGAAAGAUUGCUACGUACUCUCUCGAGCCGAUUUGUCACAUGAGAUUGGACGCUCUCGAGUCUAUGGUGUCGAAUCUAAGCAGAAAUGGAUCGGAGCCCAGGAACAAAUGUCAGCUCUUGUCACUAUCUUGGGAAGAGUUCUGGCUCUUCUCUACCCACAGUCAGGCACGGCUACGAACAGAACAGUCUCGACACUCAAUGGAGACGAAAACGAGUUCAUUGAUUGCAAGAACGACCUCAGAACAUGGUAUUAUGAGAGUUUUAUACUUGUGACUUCUGGACGGGAUUCUGCGUUGGGCUCGCCUGUCAGCCCUGAUGAUGGAAGAGAACAUGGGAGCUCACAGCAUGACCCUGUAGAGCUGCUAACAAACAUGAUGUACCUUCAUUAUGAGACUGCCAUGCUGGCGCUCUGUCAGAGCGACCUCCUGCGCUACGCAGCGAGUCCUCGCGCGACGUUCUCCACCUCCAGGCUGUUCAAACAGUCUUUCGUCCGUGAACAGAAGCACCAUUACUUGAAUUACAUCGCCAACAUGACAGAUCGACUGUCGAAUUGUUUGCAGCACCAACAUCUGUCCCAGGUCCCAGAAAGCAUGAUUUUCUGCACAGCGCUCCCGCUUCUUUUGCAUCUCCUGAACAUAAAAGCUCAUCUACAGCCAUCGCUGUCAUCGAGCCGGAAAGUCUUGGGAGUACAGUCUUACCCAGUCUGGGUGCAAAGGGUCAUGAAGUGCUUGAAACUGCACUACAAGAAUGAUCUUGAGUACAUACUACAAGUGGCCAAAGCUGUCAACGAUUACCUUGCUCAAAGUCUGCACGAGAGCCAAGAAGGACAAAUCGACUUUGAUCGGGAAGACGAUGGCUCUCAGGCACAGAUGAGUAGCUGGCGCGAACUGUUAGACGGCAAUCCUAGGCUUUUUUCUGGUCUCAUUGAGAGACUGGACACUAUUCUCUCCUGGGGAGGGGAGCUUCCCGACAGAGGUAUGGGUGCUUCAUUGGAUGACUACCACUUGCGGACUGGCUCUGCUCAGACUCGACUAUCUCGGGAUAUGGAUGCAUCAUGGACAUUGACCCCUCCCGUGUCUUCGGCUCCAUCUCGAAGGAGCACCGAGCAGAGGUCUCUGUCUACGUCACAUGGGGAUGAGACAGCGGCGCAAGUGGACGUCGGCACAACUGCUUCAAGCUUCCUUAACCCAGAAGGGUUACAAGAGAGAUUCAACAAUGUCAUGCAAUCCUACCUCAACGAGACCUCUGAAGAGACAUGUUCACCAGCGUCAUUAGACCAUUCUCAAGGAUUUUGGGCGGAAGAAAUCGCAGAUGGUGGAAGACGUGGCUCAGACCAUUUCUCUCCCCGCGAAGAGAUUGUACCCAUACAGGUAGACUCGAUUGAUUCAGACAGCAUGAUUUUGGAAGGUGGACUGAGCGAUGACUGGAUAGAUGCAUUGUUGGACAAGGAGAUCUCACUGCCAGGCGACAACAACAGUCGAAUUGCUGAAGAUAUCGAUAUGGAUGCUGUAUGA